AGUCUGUAGCUGCAGGCCGGGACCUUGGCUGGGUCAGAGUUCCCGCUCGGAUUACUUGGCUGGGACAGUGGGAGGUCCGCACGUACCGCCCUUAACAACAACUCCGUACCGAGGGAGGAGCUUCGCUCGCGCAGGUUUAAAUAGCAGCAGUGCGACUGGCAGGCAGAUCCACAGUAAGCAGCAGGUCUGUACACAACCGGAGCCACCAUGUCCCUGUUAGCAGCGAGACUACCGACCGGAGCGUCUCUCCGCGCGCUGGGCUGCCUGGCCCGGCCAACUCACCCGCCAGCCGCCCGGCCAACUCACCCGACAGCCGCCCGGCCAACUCACCCGCCAGCCGCCGCCUGCCAGGCCGUCAGGACGUACAGCGAGGGCGAGAAAAAUCCCGCGAACAUAGCCGGCUACCACCCGGGUAAAGUGGACAAGUUCGCUCUGCGGGCCACCAGAAAGGUCAAGAAGGGGGAGGAGUAUCCACAGGAAGUCAGUUACGACACGAUGACGGCGGCACGUGACAAGUUGAGAGUCAUGGUCGUCACAGGAAUCGUGGUCGUGGCGGGACUGGGUGCCGUCUGGUUCAUCAAGGAGAUCCUCUGGUACCCAUUUCCCCUUGUCUAUGCAGAAAGGAAAAGCGGAACGGGAUCACGGAGACACACUGAGCAAGCGCAACCUGGCGCGCAAGGAACAGUGGGAUGCCGAGAAAAAGGCUGCUGAAACCGAGGCUGCCGCCAAAUAGAAGCUUCUGCUUUCCGGCAAACUGGGGAGGGCGAGAGCAGGAGGUCUCGCGAGAAUAGCCGAGACUUGGGAACAGGGGAGAGGAUGUGGCCGUGGUGGUUUCACCUUUACCCUCUGACCUCUGUCUGGGAGAUUUUCGGCAGUGCUGAAUUAAGGUCAAGGUCAGUUUAGAGGUCAGAGCUAAACGUUACAAUCACCAUGGCUACGCGGUCACGUGAUGUUGGUUGGUUGAUUAUCGGUUGGUAUUUUCAAGGAUGACCUGACCUUGGUAAGUUAAAAUGGCGGAGUUGGAGCCCUGUAGUUACUGUGGAAACCCUGUGGUUACCAUGGAAACCCUGUGGUCACCAUGGGAACCCUGUGGUUACCAUGGAAACCCUGUAGUUACUGUACUAUUCAGACGUUAGUAGUUCCAUUCCGUACUACGGUAGUGUACAUGUGUGUUCGUGUGCAGAGAGAUGUAGGGAAACAGGUUCACCGCUCAACGCGACUUUAGUCAGUUGCUAUAGCAGAUUUAGCAAAUUGUACAGUCCGGCAAACUAGAACACAGAAACUAACGAAAAGUUCACCUAGAAUCCCCACGUCAGCAGUUAGUGCUGGUGACGUGUACGCAGGUAUUUACUGGUGUCUGAAACACCCGGAAAUGGAGAGGUUUAUUUUUUAAGCCCGAUGGAUGCCGCUUCCUGGUGCUUGUGCCAAUGACAUACACCUUUACUAGUCGUUUGUAUCGCACAGCUUUGCAUGACAUGAGCAUUUACCCGUCGCCUUAUGGCGUCCUGUAUAUACUGUAUACUGCAGACCGUCUAUUUUAUGCUAAGCCUGUUGUACACGUACCAAGCGGAGUGCCUUUUGCGGAGGGUAGAGGUGAUAUCAGUUUGCUGGGAACAGAGGUGGACAGGGUAUAGUGUAAGGUUAAAGAUUUAUUUCAAGUUUAGGUACGAAAUGUACUGCAACUAUUUUCAUGUACCCGUCAAUGUCUAAGGCUAUGGCUAAGAUUGUUUACUGAGAUUUAUUGAAAUAAAUUUGCAAGGAAUAAAUUUUUUUGCACUCAACUUU